CUUUUGUGUUCCAGUAAAUUUCUCAGCCCCAUCACUACUCAUCUUCUUCUUCUUCUUCUUCUUUUUUUCUCUCAAACAACCAAAGCUCAAUGCGUAUCUUCGAUAGCACUUCCAAUUCUACAAAGAAGAAGGAGGAAAAAGAAUGGUUAGGUGCAAGUUUCAAGCCAGAGAAUUUUAUUCCAGGAAUUGUAAUUGGCUUCAUUAUUGGGUUAUUGUUGGAUUUGUCAAAACCCUCCAAAAGUAAUACUUUGAAGAAGACAAGUAAUUUGUUGAACAGAAAUCAACCUGAAAAGAUUUUAACCCCAGCUAAGGCUGAUGAAGAGCUCAAAAUGGUAUUAGUUGUCAGACAAGACCUGAAAAUGGCACAAGGAAAAGUUGCAUCUCAGUGUGCUCAUGCUGCUACUGGCAUGUAUGCAGACCUUAUGCAAAGUGAUCGGUAUCUUUUGAGGCGAUGGGAGCAAUGUGGACAGCCCAAAAUAGUUGUUACCUGCAAGAAUCAGCAAGAAAUGAAUAAGUUGAAGGAAGCAGCUGAGGACAUUGGGCUUCCAACUUUUGUUGUUGCUGAUGCGGGACGUACACAGGUCGCAUCAGGCUCAAGGACAGUUCUUGCAGUUGGACCAGGAAGCAAGUCAGCCGUAGAUUCAGUGACCGGGAAGCUGCGCCUGCUUUGAUGAUAUUAAUAGCCCCAUAUCAGAUUUGCCAUAGUUGUUGACAUGAGGAAUUGAUAGAUGUGCUAAUAUCAAGAUAACUAGUUCACUUAGUUCUAUUUUAUUUCUAUUAAAUGCAGUACAUAAACUUGUUCUUGCCUUUCAGUUUUCAAUUUGUAUGUAUAUGUCACUGCUCCAUAUUAUUAUUGUCUGCAUUUGUUGUCAAAGACAUUUCAUGCUUCUUAAACAGUAUUCAUUAAAUCA